UUGUACAAAAAAUAAAAUUAUUUUUGCAGAUGAUGUUGCGGAAGCCAAUAACGUUGUGGUUUAGCAAAUCAAUAUUUGUGGUCGUGGCAAUUGGUACUCUCAUUGUGAUGCUGUACCAGUUGCCUAUGUACUUCCGACUACAGAAGGAAUUCAAAAGAAGGCAGCAGCCAAAAUAUGACAUUAAUGCCUUCUGUCCAUUGCCACGCUACGAUCCGUUCGAUUUGUCGAUCCAACAAUAUAUCACGAGCUGGAGCAGGAUCAACUGUGGCAAGCAGCAGCAGCCUCUCACUUACCUGGACAAAAACGGACUGUUGCAAGUCGACCGGACAACUGCCGAGGGAGAGAACAUCUAUUGUUACUUUCAUGAGGUCAUUCGAAAGGAUGAUAAUACAAUCGAACUAGGAGCUCCGAAAGUUGUUUUUGACCCUGAGCCCCUACCUUAUGAAUUCACCAUUGUUAAGUGCGAGCAGGGGUCGAACAAAAAGGUUGUUUACGAAACAGGAUAUACGAAAAUCAGAGAAGUGCCUGAAGAUAUUGCAAAAAAGAGCAAGGUGGCGUCUAAAAAUGGAAAGGUCAACGUUCUCAUUUUCGUCUUUGACUCCAUGUCCAGGCUGAACUUUGAACGGCAGCUGCCCAAGACGAGCAAGUUUAUUGAGGAACACGUCGGAGGGGUUGUGAUGAACGGUCUGACGAAGGUGGGAGACAACACCUUUCCAAACAUGCUGGCCCUGCUAAGUGGCUUUACAGCGCAGAGGUACAGUUCUGACAAAGCUCUCAGCCCGUUUUGGCUGGACAAAUCAGGGUACUUUGACCACCUGCCCACUCUAUGGAAGAACUUUUCACAAAACGGCUACGUGACGAUGUUCACCGAGGACCACCCACAGUAUGCCGCCUUUAACUACAUGCGGUUUGGCUUCAAGGAGCCUCCCACCGACUAUUACAUGAGACCGUUUUGGAUCGCCAUGGAGGGUCUUCAUCAUAGCAUGUUUGAAGAUUACAGAUGCUACGGCCACCUGCCCAAGCACGACUUCCUCUUCAAUUAUGCCAAGGAGUUUUCAGCAGUGAUGCAAGAAAAAGGGCAUGCUUACUUUUCGCUGACGUUCUCAACACUCCUCAGCCAUGAUGCAAUCAACUCUAUUAAGAUAAUUGACGACGAUAUCCUCGGACUAUUUCAAACGCUCGAGGCACAAAAGGUCUUCGAGAACUCGGUCGUGCUGGUCAUGGGAGACCACGGAAACAGAUUUGACCAGAUUCGUCGAACGGCCAUCGGAAGGGUGGAGGAGCGGAUGCCGUACCUGGCCGUGAUGCUGCCGCCGUCGCUGGAGCGCUUCAGAAACGGCCUUGAGGCGAACGCGGACGUGCUGACCAGCUGGCACGACGUGCGCGAGAUGCUGCUCGACCUGGCCGUGGACAACCUGGGCGUGGAGUCGAAGGUGACGCGCCACGGGCUCAAGGGAAGUUCGCUGCUGCGGCCCAUCCCCAGCGACAGGACCUGCCUGGAGAUCGGAAUCCCCAGGGAGUACUGCGUGUGCUGGAUCGAGCAGGAGCUGAGCCCCCUAGAUUCGGGACUUAAGAAGAGUGCAGAAAUUUUGGUUAACAAAAUCAACCAAAUAAUAGAAGAGAGGGACAAAAAGGGACUGUGUGCUCGUCUGCAGCUGACAAAGGUGCACGGUGGGCAAAAACUCUUGCCAUCUGCCGCAGUCGGGGGCCGCGUUGGUCCCUCCGAUGUGACCAGAAUCAUGAUAUCAGUGUCGCCGUCGAACGCGCUGCUUGAGGGCACGCUGGAGACAGAUGCCAACGGAACUAGAAUACUUGGAAAUGUGAACAGACUGAACAAAUACGGCAGCCAGUCCGACUGUGUCAAUAACUCUGCCCUUACUCUUAUCUGCUAUUGUAAGAACACUCACGGAUAGUUCCUCGUCGUCACGGAAUUAGUGAAUAUCUGUAUAUAUUGUACAAAACCUAUGGGGUUUCUCAUUAUAAAU